GAAGAAGUCAAUGCGGAAGUAAAACUAGUAGAUGGUUUGUUUUGUUUGUGGACAGCGGCAACCAUUACGUUCUCCUGGACAAAACCAUACCACAGACAAAAGAGGUUCGUUAUCAGUGUAUUUGCCAUACUAGUUGAGUACUCACCUUUCAGUCGACUGAACAUGUCUACAUUACAAAUCUUGCGCGUGUUCUUAAAUGAGCGUUUAACGGCGGCUGCUGUGGAGAUUUUCGGGGCAGUUGAGAAAACGGUAGUCGAGUACCAGGAAGAGAAUGAUCGGCUACGGAGACUGCUUCGGAUUGCACCGGACAUAAAACUAUGUAGAGAAGAGUCCCUUCAGUUAUCUGUUGCUGUCACUAAAGACGAGGUUCCCCCUAAGCAGCAGCACUCUGAGCAGGAGUGGAGAACCAGUCUACAGCAGGAGGACCGAGAACCCACACAGAUUAAAGAGGAACAGGAGGAACUCUGGACCUGUCAAGAGGAAGAGCAGCUUCAAGAGCAGGAGGAUGAUAUCAUAGUUUUCAAAUUCCCUCCAAUUUGUGUGAAAAGUAAAUGUGAUCAGGAGAACACAAUUCAGUCCUUUUCUCUUCCCCAACCCCAGACAGUGGAGAACAGAGACAGUAACUCUAAACCAGUUGAACUUCCACAUUUUGUCACUGUUACCCAUUUAGAGGGUCUCGACAUUCCCUGUGACCCUCCAGAUAAUCAAAACAAUGCCUACAGCCACAGCUCAACUGUAAGCAGCAACCCAGUAGGACUUGACAGCAGCUCACCAUUGAAUUACAACCCAUCAAUGAGGGAACACUGUCCCAAACCCAGCACCACGUCUAGAAAAACUCACCGCUGCUGUGACUGUGGUGAAAUAUUUGCUCUGACAGUUGAUCUACAGGGGCAUGUGACUCUCUCCAAGAAGAGACCCAGCGAAUGCCGCCUGUGCAAAAUACACUACAACUCCACCUGUAAAUUGAAGGCCCAUAUCAGACUCUGUCACAUGGAGAAACCCUGCACCUGCCCCUUUUGUGGAAAGACCUUCAAACUCAAAGGACAUCUUUCCAGGCAUAUGAGGAUUCACACAGGAGAGAAACCAUUUGGCUGUGGUGACUGUGGGAAGAGCUUCAUUCAGAAGGGGGACCUAAGGAGGCAUGCACUGACUCACACUGGAGAGAAACCAUUUAGCUGUGGUGAAUGUGGGAAAAGCUUCAAUCGGAAAGGGAACUUGAACUUGCACAUACUGACUCACACAGGAGCGAACGUCCACAAAGAAUGUAAACAGAAUGAAAACACAGAGGAAGCGAAUUAGGACAAAGACAUCUUGUUAGGAGAUGGACAA